AUGGCAUCGGACAGUCGCGAAAAUGGCGAAGUGAAAGACACCGUCGAAACACCCGAAUAUGAAGCUCAAGGCGGCACCCAAGAGAAAGCAAGCAGAAACAAAGGCCUGGGAACAAACCCCAGCUUCAGUCUAGCAGGUAACGGGGCCCCAAACCCUAACAACACCAACCAAGCCCCCUACCUAGACCAAGACUAUCAAUCCUACAACCCCCAAUAUGGCCAACCGGAUGACGGACCAACCUGGUCUCUCGCCCAGCCACUGCCUCACAUCGUGCGCCCAGGCAUGCGCCACGGUGCCCUCCCAGAAGACAGAAAAGAAGACCAAGAGGCCCACCAAAACGGCGAGGACGAAUCCCCCGAAGCAAAAAAGCAGCGCUCCUACGAGUCCCGCAUGAAUAGAGUCAACGGCCCAAAUGAAGACGGUUUCUUCAACACCUGGUCCAAAAUCAGACACUCCAUCCGCGAACCACUGGCUGAAUGGCUCGGCACAACAAUCGCAAUGACAAUCGGCCUCUGCGCCACUCUGUCCAACUUCACCUCCUCCAGCCAAGCAGGCACCUACACCUCCCAAAGCGCAGCCUGGGGCUUCGGCUUCAUGGUCGCCAUCUACACAACCGGUGGCAUCUCCGGCGGGCACAUGAAUCCCGCAAUCACAAUCGCGCUAUCCGUGUUCCGCGGGUUCCCAGCGCGCCGCUGCGUAAUAUACAUAGCCGCGCAGCUGCUGGGCGCGAUCACAGCCGGCGGCAUCGCAUACGCGCUGUACCACGAUGCGAUUGUGAACGUCGCGGCGACCGCAGGGGUCUCGCAGGGCGAGAGCGUCGCUGCGACCGCGCUCAUUACUGCGCCUAAACCCUUCGUGCAUCCUGCUACGGCGUUCUUUACGGAGUUUGUUGGUAGCGCGCUGCUUUUCGGUGCUGUUUUGGCGCUUGGUGAUGACUCGAAUGCGCCGCCUGGUGCGGGUAUGCAGGCUUUUAUUAUGGGGAUUUUGAUUUCGAUUAUCAUCCUUGCGUUGGGGUAUAACACUGGAGGGUGCUUCAAUUGCGCCCGCGACUUUGGACCCAGGCUUGUGGCUGUUAUGGCUGGGUGGGGGGGGCACCUGUUUAGGGAGACGCAUGCAUGGUGGGUUUGGGGACCGUGGUGUGCGGAUAUCAGUGGUGCGUUGUUUGGCGCGCUGGUCUACGACAUGGCUAUCUUUACUGGUGGGGAGAGUCCGGUGAAUUAUCCCCCGCGGAGGCGCAAGCGGGCAUACCGUGUGCGGGCUUUGAACCUUAGGAAGAAGCUUGGGCUUGGGAAGCAUAAGAUUGGGGACGUGGAGAGGUCUGUGAGGGAGUUGGAGGAGUGA